AGUUCGUGGAGUUUGUGGAGCUGUGCAGUAGCAUUGUAAUUUGUGUUCCGUCGAGUGCUAUAAUUUUACAAAUAUCCAUAAAACUGAGACUUGAAUUACUGCCACUUCUAAGCAAAAGCAAAGUGGAAAUUAACACACAAAACGAAACCAGCCAAUUUACAAACUAACAGCAAACAGACACACUAAGCAGACUUAACUGAGUGAGACGCAAGCGUAAAACGCGUUAUUCAAAACCGCCGUCCACAUAAAACAAAAAAAAAGAAAACCAAAAAAAGAAAAUCAUAAUAAAACAAUAAAGAAAUAACAUUAAGCGUAAUUAAAAAAUACAUACACGUAAUACACAAAUAAAGCGUAAUAGACGACAAAUCACAUCACAUGGCGUUCAUUUCGAAAGAUUUUCGCUCACCUGGCGAGGCCUGGGUCAAAACCGACGAGGGCUGGGAGAAGAAAAAGGUGCUCGAAUGCGGCGGCAAACGCAAACGGCACAGCUCGGAGGGUAGCUGUGUGGAGGCAGCUAGCAGUGGCAACGGCAGCGGCAGCAUCAGCAGCUCGCAGGUUGGUGAGGAGGAGGAAGCGGCUUGCAUGCCGCCACAUUAUCACAUCACAAUACGGUGCACCCGUGAGAUAGCCGGUUUCAACGGACUGAGCGAGGCGGUGAAGCGCCUCGAUUUCCGUCGCUCGGUGCGGGAUCGCAAGCGAUUCCACUAUAUCUGUGCGUUCCUGCUGCUCGUCUCCAACAAGGGCAUCGCCAGCUUGCCGGGCAGUGCACAGCGUCAGUUGCUCCAAAUGGUCGAGGAGGUGGCCUCCCACGUCAACGACAGUCAGCAGCACCCGAAUGUGCUGCGUGUUUUGGCGCUCAAGCUGGAUCACAUUGUCAACCAGGAGAAUCAGAAGUGCUGGGGCAAGCCGCUGGGCAGCACCUAUCUGUGGCAGGAGCAUGUGGCGCGCAUUAAGCGCAUUCAACGCGUCGCCAGUCAGAUUGAGAUUAGGGAACCGGAUCCGCAGGCCAGACCCAAGUUGCACGAGCUGCCCGAGGAAUGUGUGCGCGAGAUUAUUCUAUGCAUUGCCGAUCAUCGGGAUCUGGAGUCAGCCGCCCAGGCCUGGGAGACUAUGGCCAAGCUGGUGUCGGAGCAGCGCAUUUGGCGUGAGCUGACCCGGUUCCACUUCAAUCAGCGACAGAUUAGCACCAUACUCGAUCUAGACAAGAUCAAGCUGAUGGGCGAUGCCAAAGACUGGAAGCAGAUCUAUCAUCAGCUGCGUCGCACCUAUGGCGUCAGCGAUGACUAUCAGUAUGCCGAAGUGUUGGCCCUGUGCCGCUCGUGCCGCUGCCUCUUCUGGCCAUCGGACGGACAUCCAUGCAUCCUCGACCAGAGUCCCGAUUACAAGCAGCGCGUCGAGCAGGCUGGCGGCCAGUUGGCACUGGCUCAGCCAGUUCCACCGGCACAGUUCUUAAAGUACUUCUCAUUGUAAGGAUCAGGAGAAGAAGUUAAACCAAACUGACCAAUGUGCGUGGCUAACGGGGAAAGUCGUUGGGGAUGGGCGGGGGGAGAGAGAGCAAAGAGAUAUAUUCAUAUUUUUAAAACCAGAGAUGGAGAAUGAAAAAGAGAGAGAGAGAGAGAGAAAUGCAGAUUGCUCCAGCUAAAGACGAUCUUAACUCAUGAGAAUUAUGAGAAUUUAUUGUAUGUGUUAAAGUUUUUAAAAACAAGUCCAACAGAGAGAUAGAGAGAGGGGGCGAGAGAGAGGGAGAGAUAUGGCAGAGAGAAAGCAAAGUGAUAAAGUCUUAACAACAACAACAACAACAACACUACUUACAUACUUUUAUUUAUAAAUAGAAAAGCUCACUUCUAGGCGAAGUUCGCAUAGUUUAUUGUUACGAUUUUUGAACCGCUAAUUGCUUGUGACUAGACUUUCCCAACUGCAACAUGCUCUAUAUAAGUAUUGAUUUUAAACGAUUUACGCAUCCGAAUAUCUUCCUUAACUAAACUAAACUUAUCAGAUGUUGAGCACAUGGCUCAAAUACCCUUCGAUAAAUUGAUAAAUUGAGUAAAGAGCGUAUGCAACACAUUGGUUGUGACGAGCCGAACGAGAAUCAGUCCCAAAAAAAUGUAUUACAGUAACGCAAAAUAACAAAACUGCCAAACUUUUGUUGGACAACUAGAAGAAGAAGCUGAUAAAAAAAGAAACAAAAAGAAAAUAUAGAAGAAAAAAAAACAAUUUGUUGGACAUAAGCAUUAUUAGACACACAGUUUUGUGUAUCAAUUUUAAACGAUCUUUUUCUUUUAGGUAUUAAGUGUAGUUAUUUUAUUGUCAGCUGCUUUUUGGUGCUACAUUCGAACAUGAAUUAACCAAGUUAUCCCAGUUAUACUUGCCCAAUUGUUACGAAAUCCAAAACUCUAUUUACAAUCCCCGAACACGUUAACAAACAACAAAACAAAAAGUACAGAAAACAAAAAAAAAACGCAAAUAGAAAUCAUGUGAUGUUGCAGGAAGCAAAGCUAGAAACGAAUACACCUACCUAAAGAUGAAUAAAACACAAAUCUAAAAAAAAACAAAAAAAAAAAAAAACUACAAGCAAACAAAGAAAAGAAAAGAGAAGGUAUCAAUAUAUAUAUAUAAAUGUAUAUCUGAAUCACAUAAAUAAAUAUGUAUGUAUGUACGUGUCCCAACACUAACUGUGAGUGCGUCAGCAUCCAAGCCUAAUUUAAUGAAAUGCCGCCAGUCAGGAUACAAUAUAUAUAUAUAUAUAUGAAGAAAAUCUAUAUAUAUAUAGCAUACUAUAUUUAAACAUAAUUACAUUUAAGAGUCUCUAAAUGUUAAGCGGGUAAAAUACGUGAACAUAUUUUCAAAAUCAAAACAAAAUAAAUUUCGAAACACGAAUGCGAUUUUAUUUGAAAUGUAGACAAUUGAAGAUUCAACGCUUAAAUGCUAUUCGGUGUACACAGAUCAGUUGAGCAAUCUAUGUAAAAUAUAUUUCGAUCUGAUUUAUGCCCAGACAAACACAUACAAUAUUCAGCUUUUAACUGCAUGUAUUAUGUGUGAUGAUCGUAUUUGUACUACGAACGAUUUUUAUGUUGAAAAUAAAAUCUUAAAAUAUUUAUGAAGCCAACAAUAU